GGCUGGAUUCUUGCGCAUGGGUUGGUGGCAAAUCUGACAAAUUCUAUUACUUUUGUUCUAAGCUCCAUCUGGACACCUUUAGGAAAAGAAGCUAGUUAUUAUGUACUAAAGUAAAUAAUCUGUACUCUUAGAGUAAGAGUUUGAACUGUAGAAUUUAAAGGCAAGAGAACUUAUUAAGGGUCUUCCCCAAAGCUCUCUCCAAGUGAGACUAAACUGUACAUCAUGACAGAUGUUCCAGUGACAUUCAGUCCGGUUGAGUAUAAUGGAGAUACACCACCUGAAAAUGGUCAACAAAAAAUCACUAAAAUCACUGAGGAAGCCGCUGAUGUGGAUGGUGCCCCAUCAUACAGCAGGGUGGAACCUAGUCUUGAAGAUAUACCCACCGGAGGAAAUCGGGAGAAAAGUGAAAAAUUACAAGGGACCAUACUGCUCAACUCAUCUAUGGAUGAGAAGAUUCUAAAAGAAAAACCAGAAGAGAAUCUCUAUAUUGUUCAUAAGGCUAUCACAGAUCUUUCUCUCCAAGAAACAAUUGUUGAUGAAAUGACAUUCAGAGGAGGGCAUCAGUGGGAGAAGAUUCCUUUGAGGAGUAGUAACCAAGAAAUAAGUAGACAGAAAGGAAGAAUUGCUGAACAACCUCUAGAAGAGAGAGAAGAUGAGGAUCUGAAGACCAAAACUCAUCAGGCAACUGAAAUUGAAUGGUUAGGAUUCCGGAAACCUAGCCAAGUUGAUGUGUUAUAUUCUAAGCAUGAUGAAGAGCAAGAAGUUUGGGAUGAAGAAAUUAAUGAUGAUGAUAAUUGCAAAGAUGAUGAAGAUGAAGUUCGAGUAAUAGAAUUUAAGAAAAAAGGUGAAGUGGGUUCUCAAUUAAAAGAGGAAGUUGAUGCAAGUGAGGACUCCCCCCUGAGCAGCCCCAGUUCCCAACCUGUCACACCAGAUGAGCAGCCAACCUUCGAGAAGAAGAGUGACAUCUCCAGAAAUGCUUAUUCAAGAUACAACACAAUAUCCUAUCGGAAAAUCAGAAAGGGGAACACCAAGCAAAGAAUUGAUGAAUUCGAGUCUAUGAUGCAUUUAUAAACUAACUGGAACUGAGAGCUUCUCACACCCACUAAAGCAAAAGCUAAUUUUAUUUUCCCGAGAUGCAUCUUAGUACGCCUUCUUUGAGUCAUCCCCUUUAAAGAAGUGGAAGCUUAAUCUCUAUUUCACUGUAGAAUAAUGUGAAAAUAACCAUAGACAAAAAUCCAGUCUGAUAACCUCAAAUCAAAAAGCUUCACUCUUGGACAUUUGCUUUUUAAAACUUCACUAAUAUAGACCUAUGUGAUAAGCACUAAAUGGCCAGCACUGCAGGGGAAGCUGGCAUUUAAAAGUUUGGCUUUAAAAGUAGUAAUGCUAGGAAUUGUAGUUGUCAAAUGAAAGAGGACUAUUUGAAAUGAAAUGUGUUUCUUUUAGUGUCUUUCUUCUGUACACUGAGGGUGAUAGAAAGCCUGGUAUUAAAUCUCUCUUUCUUUUAAACAUGGUUUUAUAGACUCUGGCAAUAAACUUUCCAAAA